AUGGAGAAGACCUACUCCCUCACGGCGCAUUACGACGAGUUCCAGGAGGUGAAGUACGUCAGCAAAUACAGCAGCGGCGGCACCCUGCCCAACGGGUUCAACUUGCAGCUGGGGACCACCGGCAGCACCAAGAAGGCGCGCUGUGGCCUGCCACGCUGGAGCCGGCGCGAGAUCUGUCUGCUCUCGGGCCUGGUCUUCGCAGCGGGGCUCUGCAUCAUCCUGGGCUGCAUCCUGGUGCUGAAGUACCUGGCCAUGGAAUACGACGCCUACUGCCUCAAGGGCUGCCAAGAGCGCAAGGCCCUGGUCAAGGCUUCCCGCUUCAUUGCCAGCAACGUCGACCACACCAUCGACCCCUGCAAGGACUUCUACUCCUUUGCCUGCGGCGGGUGGCUGAGGCGUCACGCCAUCCCUGAGGACAAGCUGAUCUACGGCAUCAUCGCCGCCAUCGGGGAGCAGAAUGAGGAGAAGCUCCAAGGGCUCUUGGUGAGGCCUGUCCGGCGGCCCUACCAGGCCUCGGCCGAGCGCAAGGUCAAGGAGUUUUUCCAUUCCUGCCUGGACAUGGCUGAAAUUGACCGGCAGGGUGCCCUGCCAAUGCUGGAGGUCAUUGAGGACUGUGGUGGUUGGGAUAUGGCCGCCACGGGCAGGCAGGGGCGCUGGGACUUCAACGAGCUGCUGUACAAGACCCAAGGGGUCUACAGCACAGCGGUCUUCUUCUCUCUCACCGUCAACUUGGAUGACAAGAAUUCCUCCCGCUACGUCAUCCGGAUUGAUCAAGAUGGCUUGACGUUAUCCGAGAGGACCCUCUACCUGGGACAGGAUGAGGAAAGUGAAAAGAUCUUGGCUGCCUAUCGGGUAUUCAUGGAGCGCCUGUUGAGCCUGCUGGGGGCUGAGCAAGUGGAGCAGAAAGCCAGUGAGAUCCUGCAUCUGGAACAAAGGUUGGCCAACAUCACAGUCUCUGAGUAUGACGACCUGCGUAGGGACAUCAACUCCAUGUACAACAAGGUGACUUUGGGAGAGCUGCAGCGCAUCACACCUAAUUUCAAAUGGAAGCGGCUGCUUGACAGUAUAUUCCACGACAAUUUUUCCGAGGAUGAGGAAGUGGUGCUGCUGGCCACCGAUUACAUGCAGCAGGUUUCUGAGCUCAUCCGCACCACACCUAUCAGGAUCCUCCAUAACUACAUGCUGUGGCGCAUCGCAGUGGUCCUGAGUGAGCACCUCUCGACCCCUUUCCGGGAUGCCAUCCACGAGCUCGCCAAGGAGAUGGAGGGCGCCGAGAAGCAGCUGGAGCUGGGCAAAGUGUGCUUGAGCCAGGCCAAUAAGCACUUUGGUAUGGCACUGGGAGCACUCUUUGUGGAGGAAUACUUCUCCUCCACCAGCAAGGCCAAGGUGCAGCAGUUAGUGGAAGACAUCAAGUACAUUCUGGACCGGCGGCUGGAAGAACUUGACUGGAUGGAUGAAGAGACACGGAGAGCAGCUAGAGCCAAGCUGCAGCAUAUGAUGGUGAUGAUUGGCUACCCAGAUUUCCUGCUCAACCCGGAAGCGAUUGACAAGGAAUAUGAGUUCGAAGUCCAUGAAAAAACCUAUUUCAAGAACAUCCUCAACAGCAUCAAAUUCAGCAUUAAGUUGUCGGUGAAAAAAAUCCGUCAGGAAGUGGACAAGUCAGCGUGGCUGUUGCCCCCACAGGCACUGAAUGCUUACUACCUUCCCAACAAGAACCAAAUGGUGUUCCCGGCUGGGAUCCUUCAGCCCACCCUCUAUGACCCAGAGUUCCCACAGUCCCUGAAUUACGGUGGGAUCGGCACCAUUAUUGGUCAUGAGCUGACACACGGCUACGAUGACUGGGGAGGCCAGUACGAUCGCCACGGCAACCUGAUGCACUGGUGGACAGACUCCUCCUACAGCAAGUUUCUCAAGAAGGCGGAAUGCAUCGUCAGCCUGUACGACAACUUUACAGUCUACAACCAGAGGGUGAACGGGAAGCACACGCUUGGGGAGAACAUUGCUGAUAUGGGAGGACUAAAGCUUGCCUACUAUGCCUAUCAGAAGUGGGUUCGGGAACAUGGGCCCGAGAACCCACUACACCCGCUCAAGUACACCCACGAGCAACUUUUCUUCAUCGCUUUCGCCCAGAACUGGUGCAUAAAACGGCGCUCCCAAUCCAUCUACCUGCAGGUGCUGACGGACAAACAUGCCCCCGAACAUUACAGGGUCCUGGGCAGCAUCUCACAGUUUGAGGAGUUUGGCCGGGUCUUCCACUGUCCUAAGAACUCACCCAUGAACCCAGCUCACAAAUGCUCCGUCUGGUGAGAGGCCCACCCGCUCCCCUGCGCCAUCCGACACCCACCCCUCGGCGUGUGCCAAAAAAACCCCACUGGGCCCACAGCCACCACUCUACGCCCCAUCGCCCACCGGCUGGACAGAGAGAGAUGAGAGGAGCCACCCGUGCCGUUGCAAGCUGGCUCUGUUCUCAGGGACGGACACGCGCACCGACAGAGGAGGGGCUGACUCCCAAGGGCCAUUAUGGGGCGCGCGGGGCAUUGGACUGGCUCCUCCAGGAAUGGUGUGUUCUUCUCCCCACUGCCGUUGCACACGCCUCAGUCAUUAUUCGUAGGAGGAACAGCCAAACACAGGCUAGGCUGCCCAGGGGAGACUGCUCCUGCCAUCCCAGGCCCGGCCGUUACCGUGGAGACAGAGCUGGUAAUGUAAGGCCUGUUUCUCCAGCCAGCUCUGGAAAAAGAAAAUGGUGGGAUUUGGAUCCUUGCAGACCAGGACAAAGAGAGUUGCCUGCGAAAGGACCUCAACGCUCAGCAUUUCCGA